UGACACCGACAAGGAAGUCAUGCUGGUUUCGCAAAAGCCGGUUUGGGGAGCUCAGCAGCGUCAGCGGUUUUUAUUCAAACGCUCUUUCUUUAAACGAAUGAAGCCAACGAAUGUAUCCUUUAACCGCCUAGAGAAUGAGAUCAUCACGUGUCAGGCUGUUUCACAUUCAUUAAAAUGAGUGUCAUCAUCAGGAGUCACUCGCAUGGAAUCUGGAGGGAUUCAUCAGUCACUCGUCGCCAGAGAUAAGUAUCCUAGUCUACGUUGAAGUAUCUUUUAAGUCUAUAUCUGUAGUUUUAAAUAUACCCUCAUAUAAAGAUUUUAGUACUAUGUAUAACGCGGAGAUGAUCCCUGAAAGAAUUAUCGACCAAAACAAUGAAAACAGAAGUGACGUGAACUCUGACGGGGCAGGUCAAGAUAAAGACUCUACGAGGAGACCUUCCAGAAAAAUCGUCCUUCACUUUGAUCUCAACAACACAAUCCUUGUAUCUGACGCAGUCACAAGACAAGGAACUGUAGGUGCUCUUGAAUAUUUCCUGUCCACGGUGACCUGGGGGCGAAUGACAAAAGGUAAAUGGGAGUGGUUGUCAGAAGCACCAUCUCUCAUCCAGCCUUGUGAGGGCGCUGUUACAUACUACUCUCAGUUCGGCCGAGUGGCGAGCUUCACCACCGUAGGUCCAGGCCGACGGUUCCGGAAGAUCCUGGAAGAACAUCUAGAGCUGCUCCGAUGGCCGCCUGACUUACCUGCGGAUAAGGAGCUAUCUGUUAAGGGAGAAGAUGGGAAACUUUAUCACUGGAUCCUACCUUCCUUCUUCCAGAUGCUGCAGGACUUGGCUUCACAGGGUGUGGAGUUCUCUGUCCUGUUCCGUACGUUUGGCUCAGAUCUGCCCCGUGUCCUGACUGCCAUCCAGCACGCCGUCGAACACGGCUCACAUCCGCUCUUUCCCGACCUCACAGCUCUAAAGUUGAAGGUGAAUGUGAGCGCCGGACGCAUCAGGUGCAGCGGUAAGGGUGCAACGCUGACUCGUGGAGAAGAACAUGUGUCCACACGGGAUGGAGAGCGGUCUGUUUACCAGUAUCUGAGCUCUGCUGAGGGUCUGGGUGGCUUUCAAGACAACUUUGACUGGUGGGCACGGAACACAUACUCCAUUUUAGGAGGAAAACCACUCUGGAUUGACCCUUUUGAUGCCAAAGUUCAGCAUAUCUUCAUUGAUGACAACAUUCGGCAAAAUGACGAGGACACUAUUGUUCAUCCUAAGGUGUUCUUGGCCCCCGAGAGCUUGCAGACUCGAACAGCCUCCACAUCAGAGCUGUAUGAUCUGUGUCUGGUACAGAACGACCUUCUGAAGGCCAUUUCUGAACCUGGAUAUUUCACCCGACGCAUCCAGAUCUGCAUGGAGAACUAUGAGGGGAACAUCCAAACGGGGUAGUUCGAUGAAUCUCAAGUCAUGCAGGGAAACAUGAUAAAGAACACACAAAUGCAUCAACACGAUCCUGUGGUAUGUGUGUAUAUGAAAAAACAUAUUCUCAACCACAGAUCAACACCCUUUAUUUAUCUAAUGAAGAAUGUUGCAAUCAAUAGAUCCAUAUAUAUAUAUAUAUAUAUAU